CUCCCCAUCCUGCAGGAUCGGAGACACGGAGUCGAGCAGCCCCAGCCUUCGCAAAAAAUCAUGUCCAGCAGCGCGGAGGAGCACACCGGCCCUAUCCCGCUGGCCAUCAUCCGGGCGGUGCAAGAGGGGGACAAGGAUUUGGUGGAACAAUGGCUCGUGGACACAGAGGCAGCCUAUGUGAACGCCACCCUUCCAGAAAUGCUUCAGGUGGGAAGAUGGCCCCUGGAAGGCGGAACGGUCACCCUUCUCACGCUGUGCAUAGUUUGUAAUGGCGCCUAUACGGGCCGGCGGGAAAUGCCCCAUUGGGGCCAUGAGUUGCAAAUGAUCGCCAUUGCGGACUAUGACUUCCAAAUGCUCGCCAUAGCACGGAUGCUAUUGGAGCACGGCGCCGACGCCAACCUCGACGACGGCCAUGGCGUGUGCCCGCUAGAAUAUGCCUCGCAGCAUGUGUUUCGGAAUGCGCUACCAUGGUUUGACUUACUCCUCGAAUUUGGGGCCAAUCCUAAUGUGACGGUCCGAGCGCGUGCGAGCCCCUCCUUUGAUACCACGCUGCUGGGAAAGAUCAUCUCUAAUGGCGGUUUACGGAUGGGGAGGGCACCGGGACAGGGGAGGGCACCGGGACAGAUCCUAGGGCUUGCGCGUGCCCUGUUGCGGGCGGGCGCCAGGGCGGACUCUCCUCACAACGACGGAACAAAUCCCACGUGGGUUCUCGAACAGCGGAGACGGGGUCUCGAAAAGUGGCGGCGGAGACGGGAUCUCCACUGGAAACGAAGCGUCCAGCGUGGGAGAUCUCACGACCUCGACCCUCAUUUCAUUGAGUUAUCAAAUAUGAUCACUGGCGUGGCGGCGGCAGGAAGCUUCAAGAAGUGGCUCCUACGCGCACACAUAGACGUUCUGAUCCUGCGGACACAGAUCCAACGCGGCCGCGCUGCGCUCCCACCGCGACGGCGGAGGCCGCGCGGCCGCGAUGCGAAGCAGCGGAACGCCCUCGCGUUUGUGCUUAGGCAGGGCGACAACGGCGUGGUGUGGAAUAUUCUCUCGUUCUGGCGAGACGCUGGGUAACUACCUAGAGUGUACGUCGCGCAGUAGUAUAGGG